AUGCACGAAAAGUCUGUAAAUCACAGAAAUGCUUUUAGAGCAUGGAAAGAAUUGGGCAUUCGAUUGAAGCAGAAAAAAACUAUUGACGCUGAAUAUCAACGAAUUAUGGAUAUGGAACUUCAGCAUUGGAGAGGAGUUAUGAAAAGAAUUAUGUCAAUAAUUAAACUAUUGGCCUCACAAUGUUUAGCUUUUCGUGGAUCAACUGAACAUUUGUUUCAACCUAAUAACGGGAACUUCCUAAAGUUGGUAGAAUUACUUUCUGAGUUUGAUCCAGUUAUGGAAAAACAUAUCAGUGAUUCAACCAGAGAAGGUUUGGCAAAACUUAUUCUGACACAUUUGGAAAAAUUAGGUUUUGAGUUAAAGUGGCUUAGGGGACAAGGCUAUGACAACGGAGCCAAUAUGAAAGGAGUAAGAAAGGGUGUUCAAAAUAGAAUACUUGAAAAAUAUCCAAGGGCUUUUUAUGUGCCCUGCGCAUGCCAUUCUUUAAACCUUGUUGUGAAUGAUGCAGCAUCUUCUACUACAGAAACAACAUUUUUUUUUUCUAUUGUACAAGAACUUUACACUCUUUUUUCUGGUUCUACAAAGCGUUGGGAAGUGCUAAAAAAAUAUGUUUCUCAAUUAACUCUGAAACCAUUAAGUGCUACUAGGUGGGCAAGCAGAAUAGAUGCUUUAAAACCUUUACGAUUUCAACUUUGCGAAAUCUAUGAUGCAUUGAUUCUGAUAAUAGAAGACGUCAAUAGAGAUGCAGAAACUAAAGUUAAAGCGAGAGGGUUAGCAAAAAAUAUUAAAAAUUACAAGUUUAUAUGUGGAGUAAUUCUUUGGCAUGAUAUUUUGUUUGAAAUUAAUUCAGUUUCGAAGCUUUUGCAAUCUGUUACUAUAAAUAUAUCAGAUUGUGUAAGGAUGCUAUCAGAAACCAUAAAAAAAGUGAAAAGUUAUAGACAAUCUGGAUAUAUUCAGAUGAAAAUUGCUGCAAAGGAGAUAGCAGAGAAUCUCGAAUGCAGUACAGAAUUUCCUGAUGACACUGAAGUUAGACCCAGAAGGAAAAAGCAUCAAUUUGACUAUGAAAAAGCUGUCGAUGAACCCUUAACAGAGGAGAAAAAAUUUAAAAUAAACUUUUUUAACUAUAUUCUGGACAUUACCCUUAAUUCUCUGAAUGAACGAUUCACGCUUCUGGAAACCCAUAGCAAAAAAUUUCAGUUCUUAUAUGACAUUUUAAAACUCAAGGAUAUAGAUGACAAAACGCUAGAAAAUUAUUGUUCCAGUCUUGAGUUUAUACUUUCGGUUGAAAAUGAAACAGAUAUAAAUGCAAAUGACCUUAGAGAAGAAUUGCGUGAUGUAUCCAGAAUGCUACCAUAUUCUACGAAACCUUUGGAUGUUUUAAAUUAUUUAUCCAAAUACUGUUGUAGCUCUGAGAAUUUUAUUAACUCUCCCUGUAUCUGUAGCUAG